UACGUCACUAAUUGGUAAUGAAUAUGUAUAUCUCGGUCACGUGGUCGAUGCUCAUGCAAACAAUCAACAAUAAUAAUGGCUUCCACACGAGAUUUUAUUAAAAUUGAUCUUUCUGCUGAAGAUGUUCCAGGGGCUAAAAUUGACAUAAAUCAAUUAGAAAGUUACAGCAAUGUACAACUAAAACGAUGGUUAGAAUGCAGAGGUAUUAAAUCAUCAGGAAACCGAACUGAACUACUUAAAAGGUGAGUGACCCCAAAAACAACGCCUACUUCUUUUGUCAUUUGACAAACCACUUUACCUGAGCCAAUGACAGUUUAUGAUCGAUUCACCGGUUGACAAACAUUUUUGUGUAUCACAUUUCAUUGGAGGACUAAUAAUAUUGACAAGAAGUUAUUAACGCCCAUUAUAAUUAUAAUUACUAAUGCUUUUUCCCCCGACUGAAGUGAGCUAUUUUAAGUCUCUAUCAAUAGAAUAUUUGUUUUCCAUCUUUAAUAUGAAAUUAAUAAAAGAGUUUACAUUGUAAAGGUUCAAAGUUGUAAAUUGCGUUUAUUUGUUUUCAGAUGCAAAGAUGUAAUCGAUUCUGGCAGAUUAGAUCAAAUUGAUAUCAACAUUGAUCAAGGGAAGUGGUACGAUAUAAAACUUGGAAAGGUCAAACCAGAGAGUAUAAAAAAAAAUCAACCAGCUAUCCCACCAGUAUUAGGAUGGAAAACUUUUCCGUCUAGACCCAUACCUGUCAAUUUCAAUUAUGGUCACAUAUACCAUUAUUUACUCGAGAGCGUAGUCCUUUUAGGAGAAGAUGGGAAGCAGGAGGAUACGGACUUGUCACACAUGACUUCAAAGCCUCUCACAAAAGGAGAACAAUAUGUCAAAAGUGGAAGUGUGACAAAUAUAAUGGACAAUUCAAAGGGUUCAGACUUAUAUUUCAUAAAGGGGAAAGUUGAUGCAUCUAUGAGAAAAGAGCACAGAAUUGUGCACAUAACAUUGUCAUCAAUUAGUGGCGCUGUUUUAGAUGCAAGUUGUACCUGUCCAGCAUCUUGCCUAGGACGAUGCAACCAUGUAGCAGCAUUGCUGUUAAUGCUGAAUAAGCACUGUAAAGAAUCAGGCUAUGAUGCAACUGCGUGUACAAGUAAGCCAUGCGAAUGGAACCAGGGGAAAAAAUCCAACAAAAAUCCUUCAAAAAUAACUGAAGCUGCAUAUCCGUACUAUAAAUCUAGACCAACAAAGCUGAGCACUUUUGAUCCUAGGCCACAGAAUCAAAGAAACAUUAGCAAUGAGACAAAAAAUUCGUUUAUAAUGGACAUAAAAUAUAAUGCUUUAACAACUAGCAAGCUCUCUAUGUGGGGCACCUUGCUCUCCUCUCAAUACGAAGAUUAUACUAUAGAAGAAGAACGAGUAGAUCAGCUUGAAAAUUCAAUUUGGAAUAUGUUUAAUAAUCUACGUGACGAAGGUAAACAGUACCCUACAGCUGCUUACAUGAUACCAAAUACCGAACAACAAUCAGAAUCUGAUACAUGGAAAUCAAAUAGAUGGUUCCGGAUCACCGCCUCAACAGCAAAACUAGCAAGCAAUCUUGGAAACAUCUUAAACACUGAAACCCAGUAUUGUGAUGCUACCAAACGCAAACUAUUUAACUUUAUUUCCUAUAAUAUCUGGACUUUACAUACAUUUUCUACACCAGACACUGUAUAUGGUAUUGAAAGUGAAGAGCAAGCCAGAGCAGAUUAUUCAAAAUAUAUGGGAGGAAAAAUACAAGACUUCAGAGUCAUAAAAACAGGCUUCUGGAUAAAUAAAUUGUGGCCAGAAAUAGGAUGUUUACCUGAUGGUCUUGUUUUUGAUCCAGAAGAAAAUACUAAAUAUGGUUUACUCGAAAUUAAAUGUCCAAAACUAUUGCGUAAAGUGGCACCUUCUGAUUUGUUUAUGGCUUUGAGAGAUAAAAAAGUAUUGAAUAGCGAGUUAUAUUCAGCUUGUUUCUCUCGCCCAACCUCUGAGAAUGCUUCUUUGGAGCUUAAAACUCACCAUGCCUACUAUUACCAAAUUCAACUCCAGCUUGCAGUUACAGGACUUGAAUGGUGUGACUUUGUGUUAUGGUCAUCUCUUGGUAAGCCAAAUGUAGAGAGAUUAAGACGAGACCAGCAGCUUAUAACUAACAUGAUAGGAAAUGUAACAACCCUUUGGCGAAGAGUUAUUGCCCCUGAGCUGUUUGAAAUGAGGGUUCCUAGGAAACUGUUCCCUGUUAUUUUAAAGGACAUAAAUACACCAAUAGUACUUCAAGUCAAUAAAUAAAUUAUUUAUGUUAUAU